UGACAUGCAGGAAUUGGUACAUGCUUUUGAAGACGCUGCUAGUAGUUUUGGCUUGCAGAUAAAUGUAAAGAAGACUGAGUAUAUGUUUCAGCCAGCUCCUGGUACAACAAAUAUUGCUGAAAACAUCUACAUAAAUGGUGAAGCAUUGAAGAAAGUGUCUUCUUUUUCUUAUCUUGGUAGCGUCAUUUCAGACGAUUGCACAGUUGAUAGAGACAUUACAGUUCGUUUGCAGAAGGCAAGCAAAGCAUAUGGUGCAUUACAGAAAAAACUGUGGAGUCAACGAGGUAUACAGGUAAAGACCAAACUCAAGGUGUACAAGGCAGCUGUGAUCUCAACACUUUUGUAUGGAUCGCAGUCUUGGCCGUUGUACAGAAGAAACGUUCAAGAACUAGAGAAAUUUCACCUUCGUUGUCUUCGACGAAUCUUAAGAAUUCAUUGGACUGAAAGAGUGACAAAUGCUGAGGUUCUGAAAAGAGCUGAAUUGACAGGCAUUGAAUGCAUGUUGAUCAAACAACAACUGAAAUGGGUCGGUCAUGUUGUCAGAAUGGAUGACAGAAGAUUUCCCAAACAGGUGUUUUAUGGUCAACUUCCAAAUGCUCCAAGAAAAGCUGGUGGUCAGAAGCUGAGAUACAAAGAUACUGUUAGACAUAACCUGCAAAGGGUUGACAUUAGACAAGAUAAUUGGGAAGUGCUGGCUUCAGAGCGUGUAGUCUGGAAAGGAAAGAUAAAUUCAGGUUUAAAGAGUUUUGAGGAAAAGCGAGUGAACAAGAUGAUAGAGAAGAAUCAGUUGCGUCACAAUCUGUUGUCAGGAAUUACAGCUACUGAAUAUAUUUGCAGUAAAUGUCAAAGAGAUUGUCGUUCACGGAUUGGUCUCUUGUCACAUGAGCGUGCCCACAAAAGACGAAAAGACAACUCUCUUAGUGACAAAUGACUAACUUAGAUGACUGUAUUUAUAUAUACGUAUUGGAGAGGAGUCGUGAGCUCGAAAACGAGUAGCGAAGAAGAAGAAGUGUGUGUGUGUGUGUCGGUCUGUCUGUCGA